GUCACCAACCAGGAAGUGAGCGGAGAGGAGGGAACAGCCGGGAACAGCAGAAUCACAACAGAGCUACUGCAGCUUUGACAGCUCUGUUUUGUGUCGCUGAAACACGCUGUUUUUCUGUUGUUGCCGGUAACGGACAUGUCUCGAAAACCCAAAGAUGAAUACUACCGUUUUUUCACCGUUACAGACCCACGCACACACGAGAAGGGACACACCGAAUACAAAGUGUCAGCAAGGUUUGUGUCCAAGCGUCAUCCAGAAGAUGUGAAAGAGGUGGUCGUGUGGAGGAGGUUCUCCGAGCUGAAGAAGCUCCAUGGGGAGUUGGCCUACACUCACAGGAACCUGUUCAGAAGACAGGAGGAGUUUCCAUCUUUUCCCCGCGCACAAGUCUUUGGAAGGUUUGAUGAGGCCGUGAUUGAAGAGAGGAGGAAUGCUGCAGAGGUCAUGCUUCUAUUUACUACCAGCAUACCUGCACUCUACAAUAGCCCACAGCUAAAGGACUUUUUCAGAGGUGGUGAAGUGACAAGGCCUCUGGAUGCCACCACUCUGUCCUCUGCUGGGCCCCUGCCCCCACCUCUCAUCCCCCUUCCCAAGCGCAGGGCGUCAGACUGUGAACCCGCAGAGGAGGAGGAGGGAAGGGAGGCUCCCACCUUACCCCAAGACCUGGGCAUCAACCUGGGCUUAGAAGAGGGAGAACCGGAGGUGGCGGCUGAGGCUUACAGCGAGAUGGGAGGCUCUCCGAGAGAAGAACAAGAACAAGAGGAGCUUAGCGAUACAGAGCUGGAUGACAGAGUUCCGUCUCCUGACCCUUGCCCAGCCAGAAACCACCAAUCACAAGAGUCCCAGGAAGAAUUUGAUUCACUGUUUGACUCUGUGGCAGAAGAGCAAGUUCCACCCUCCAAAGAGGAAGGUCCACCUCCUCUGACUGAUAAUGACUUGGCUGUCUUUGAUCCCUGCUAUAAACAAGAUAAAUCCAAUUCUUCCAGUGACCACUCACAAUUGUUCUCACUGCCACCAGCCAGUCUGAUAGGAGGGGACGUGGGUUACUUAAACCAAGCUGCCACUGAGCUAACAGCUGCAAUGAAGAGGGAGAAGGAGGGAGAAUUUAGCUCUGCCAUUCGUGGAUACAGGACGGCGGUGGAUAUACUGAUCACUGGAGUACAGGGAGACCCGGAUCCAAUACGCAGGGAGUCUGUGAUGAGAAGGACAGCCCAGUAUCUGAAGCACACUGAGAUGUUGGUUGACAGGCACUCCUCGCCCACACACACUCACACACUGACACACACACACACACAUACACAGGACCCUUAGAUGCACACUUUUUUUUAUAUACACUGUUCACACA